AUCUCAUAUGCGUAGUACCUUUCGGUGAUAUUCGUGAGUGCACGAGUUUUGUAUUUGGGAUAAAUUAAAAAUAUCAGUAUGAAGAGUUUCAUCGUCAUCAUCGUGCUGUCGGCACUAGUAGCCUCCUAUGAAGCAUUUGUUCUGCCAAGCCGGGUGAUAUCUGGCAGACAUGAUGCUUUUGUCUCAAGCAGACAAAUGACAGAUGCUUUCACUUUAGUUUAUGAUGAUACAGCUGUCAAUGGAACAAUUAUGACCAGUGCUGAGGUUGAAGCAAAAAAUGAUGGAUGGAGAUUGUUAUACGAGGUGUCAUGUAGCGCGCCAGCAGCGGUCGGCAGGGUAAAAAAUUCCUUCGUGACGUACCAAGGCCCAACGAACACUGUCAUAGACAGAAUUACUAUUACUCCACAAAUAAACCCUGCAAAUGUAUACCACAGUGCACUAGGAACUAAUAACAUGGAAGUAAGGUUAUUGUCAAAUAUCAGCCAGCCUAUUCAGGCAACUGUCAGAUUGUACCAACAACGGAGCGGGGCAGGGAAAGCAUUCGGCGAACCCGCUUUUCAUCUAAUGUUCUUCGUUCUAAUAUACUUCGGUAUUUCUAAUUUUACAUAAUUAUUUAGCAUGUAUUUUUUAGCAUAGGUUGUAUUUGAUAGAAAUCAAAUUGUGCCAAAAAUAGUUUUUGGCGUAAUUUGAUUUAUUUUUGCAAUCGAGAGCGAAUGAAGAGGUUAAGUUAGGUUUAUGCAAGCUAAGUAUAAUUGGGACAGGUCUACGAAAAUUAUGUUAAGUUACAGUUUUGUUCAAAUUUAUUACACAUUUACGUAGCAAAAACCCAUAAAAUCUAUGUAUAGUUGAUACGCAAAUUACCAUUAAAUUUUUAUGUUGCAAGUCUCACAACUAUGUAGAUUAUAAGCAACAUGGAAAAUUAAAAACAAACUAAAAGACCAAACAAAAGAAGAACGACUAUUCAUUCAUACUCGAACACGCUAAGAAAAAAUUUGGCUGAUCAAAUUUUUUUUCCCUUUAGCAAGUCUUGUAAUGAAUUUGUCCAUAUUAAAUUCCCAGCGGGUUGUAUUGUACUACUAUAUGUUCUCACUAUGUGUGAAAUCUGCCUGUAUGUAGUGACUACCACUGGGUUUUUUUAUUUAUAACUAGCGGCCCGUCCCAGCUUCGCCUGGGUCCUAUUUCCCAACGUUCCGAUGAAUGUAUCAAAUCUUUCUUUUGUACAAACUUCGCCGACAAAAACAGCAAUCCAUUUCAAUGCAGUCAUUCGACUACUAUGAGAGUAGGUAUGUAUAUUUUGGUAAUUCAAUUUUAUUAAUAUAGCAGGAUUGUCUCCUUCGUGUAUGUCUGUCAUGUAUGAAUGGAAAAUACGAACUAAACUCUAUGUACUCUCUGCUAUUAAUAAAACUGUUGAACAAAUAAAUGA